AUGUAUGUAUCCGCUCGGUCAGUUAACAGCAAAAUGUUGCCCUUCGCUUGGCCAUACCCGGCAGAACAGAAAGAUGGGUAUUGGGGAAUACCAACUUCAACCAUUGACUGGUGCGAGGAAAACUACGUUGUAUCCACUUAUAUCGCCGAAAUGCUCAACACAACCACAAAUGCAUUCUUUAUGUUGUUGGCACUCUUUGCCGUCUACUAUGCAAUUCAAAACCAUCUUGAACAGAGAUUUAUAUGGACAAGUGCAGGAUUUUUCCUCGUUGGAUUAGGAUCCUGGCUUUUCCACAUGACCUUACAAUACCGUUUCCAAUUAUUGGAUGAAUUGCCUAUGAUUUACACUACUUGCAUCCCACUUUGGUCAAUCUUUAGUGAAUUCAAAACAAAGAGACAAUCUUUCUUUGUUGGAUUGAGUGUAUUCCUGUUUGCUGCAACCUUGACCAUUGUUUAUUUACAACUUCGUAACCCCACCAUCCACCAAACUGCAUAUGCUGCCUUGAAUUUCGUUGCAGGUUACGAAUCUUUUAAAUUAUGCUCCAAGCACGUUGGUGAUGAGAAAAUCAGACGACAAAUGUACGGGUUGGCAACUCUUGGUAUCGGGUUGUUUGUUUUUGGUUAUUUAUUAUGGAACUUGGACAUUCAUUUAUGUGACCAAGUAAGGUCCACCAGAAGGAACUGGGGAAUACCAUACGGGUUCGUAUUGGAAGGUCAUGGAUGGUGGCAUAUUUUCACUGGAAGUGGAGUUUACUACUGCUUAAUAUUUGAAGAAUACUUGAGGUGUUUCUUAACUGGAACUGAUGAAUAUUACACUAUCCAAUGGGUUUGGGGCUGGCCCGUGGUCAAAUGUAUUGAUCCAAUCGGGUUGCAAAAACACAAGUCCAUCAAGAUAUUGGCUGAGCAAGAUGCACUUGUGAGAAGACAGGACCAAUAUAAUGGUAAAACGAAGCAGCCAUAA